AUGGGGAAGAUUCGAAAAGUUCCUGCUAGAGCCUCUCUUAUGAAGCUGGCUUCGGCGAUCGACUGGCUUCAGCGUGGACCGCAAAACAAUGACACAACUGUAGCAAUACGUCGGAUGUGUUGCGAACUUCACUGGAGAGAGUUCUGCCAGACUCCGUGGACUAUUGCCAAGAAACAGUCUACCAUUCAACAAACUCUCCGUUUCGCUCGCUUCAAUCGCUACAGAGACUUCCUUGAUGACUUCAAGCAUCUUCAGCUGGUCCAACAUGGAAGGAUAUUCCCUGUUGCCAAGAGCUAA